UGGAGAUGUAGAUGUUUAGUUUUAUUUACUUGCUUGUGCGUCGAUUCAAUUAUGCAUAGACCGAACUGAUGAGGAGUAGAAAACACUUGCAGGAUUGAUAAUAAACUGACUGAAUCAUGUGUGGCUCUUUACAAUAUUACUAACUAAAGAUGAUGGAGGAUUUCUCAGGUCUGGCUCUUCCUCCACUGUUCGGGGGUCAUAUUCUGGAAGCGGAGCUGGAGACGGGCGGCGUGGAGCUGGGCCCCAGCGGCACUGAGCUCCUGGAUAGCGAUGGGGCCCCGUCGGGCCCCGCACAGGACGGAGAAGAUGAGAGGAGAGGGUUUCUGAUGAAGACUCUGGACUCGUAUGGAGAUGAUUACAGGACGGCACAGCUCACCAUCACACUGGAGGAUGAAGGGAAGGCAGGUUUAGAUUCAGCUGUUGGUGCUGAUGAAGACAGCUGUUCUCCAACGUGUCCUCAUCAGUCGGCAGCUGGACCAAAGAAAAAGAGACACCGGGUCCCAAAGGACAGAGAGAGAGACGCACAGAUGGAGUCGGAGCAUCCGCUCGUGACGGAGGGUCAGUUCACAGGAUUCCCCAGCCCUAGUUCACCGUCUCACUGAUCCCAGACCAGAAGAUCACGCCGAGGCUGACAGACUCUAACUCCCAGCAUGCAUCAAAUCACCGAACUGUUUUUGUGGGGGUGAAA